AUGGAAAACUGCUGUUUUGUCAUCGACAGAACAGUACUAAAAAACAGCGACGACUGGCUCGUCACAGACCUCGGCUCCUUUGAAAACCGCAGUUCAAGCGCUCACAUCUUUGUUCUCAAGCAUGACAAGAUGGUUGACGCGUACGCCUGCAAAGGAACCUUGGCUGGACGCCAAAAACUAGAAAAGGGCGAAUUUCCUGACCGUAAUGUGUUUGAACGACAUAAGAAAUACACCGAAAUCCAGCGAACUUCAACUUUGAUCUAUACUUGCAGUGGUCAUGUCCUUUCACUUGGCAUGAUUCAGUACACCUUUACUGGCAAAGAACACCACGUUAGCUCUCAUAAGCACCCUCGGUCAGGGAAAAAGCUCGUACCAACAGCCCCGUCAACAAAAGCUACGCUAGUUGAAGAAGCUGCUGGACGUAAGGGCCCCUCCAGAAUCUUUGAUGAGGCUUCCAUGAAAGUAGGUGGAGUGCUUGACUGCGAACUCGCCACAGAAUUCCCAAGAGACGGCAAGCAGGUAAAAAAGUCGCGCCAGAGAGUAACCAGCAGAGAACGGGAGGAUGAGUUUGCUAGUUUACUAGAACUUGCAAAAGAAGACGUGAGCGUGCAUAAUCUCCAGUGGACGCCGUCUCCUAGAGUGGUAUUUUGUAUUGACGAGCAGAUAGAUGACAUCGUGCGAGACUGUUGCUCUGCCGACUCGCAAGCAUCCUGUCCAUAG